CAUCAAGCUACGCCGGGUGGGUGGUGGUUCUUAGCGCUUUUGGGAGUGUCGAGGUUCCGUGACUGGGUGAGAUGGCGGGGACGGCGGCGCUGGUGUGGCUUCGGGGCCCUGGCUUCGGGUGCAAGGCGGUGUGGUGCGGUUCGGCCCCGUGCUCCGUACGAGAAUUUAUCAGUCGACACUGCGAAGAUCAGGUUGUUCCAGUGGAAUGCUUCUUUGUGAAGUGCAAUGGAUCACUUGUUAACACCAGUGACACAGUGCAGCAUGGAGCUGUUUAUAGUUUGGAACCCAGACUUCGUGGUGGAAAAGGAGGUUUUGGCUCAAUGCUCCGAGCACUCGGGGCUCAGAUUGAAAAGACAACCAAUCGAGAGGCUUGCCGGGAUCUCAGUGGAAGGAGAUUACGAGAUGUCAAUCAUGAAAAAGCAAUGGCUGAAUGGGUAAAACAACAAGCUGAGCGAGAAGCUGAAAAGGAGCAAAAGCGCCUGGAACGACUGCAGCGGAAGCUUGCAGAACCCAGGCAUUGCUUCUCCAGCCCCGACUACCAGCAGCAGUGCCAUGAGAUGGCCGAGCGCCUGGAGGACUCUGUCCUCAAAGGCAUGCAGGCUGCCUCUAGCAAGAUGGUAUCGGCAGAAAUCGGUGAGAGUCGGAAACGGCCAAACACAUCAAAAACAGACGGAGGACCCAGUGCAGGGAAAAGGAAAUGCUUUUGGAUGGGCAUGGAAGGACUCGGGACUGCAGAGGGGUCCAGCUCUGAGUACUCUGAUGACGACAGUGAAGAAGCACCUAGUACUUCUGGAAUGAGCUUUCAUGUUUCUCAAAAUGGCUGUGAUGGAGUUGACAUGGCAGCUGAAAUUCCUAGUAGUUCUCAGCAGGCGAGAGUAUUGAGUACAGAUUGUAGAUCACCAGAAAAACUACAGAGCCCUUUGACUGACUCUGGGAACAGUAUUUCAGAAGACUUGCGUGCUGAGCUGGGGGAGACACCUACCCAGGAGUACACGGAAAGGAAGAGGUCUGCAGAAACAGAGAACACCCGGGAGAAAAAGGAGGCAGAGGGUAAAGAACCCUUAGAAAAGGAAGCAGCUGGAGUUGGACAGAAUACUGAGCAAGAAACAAAAGAAAUGACUGAUGGGGAAAGGGCUGCCAAGGGAGCACCUGGAGAAGAUAGGCAAAACAUUGCUGUUGCCAAGCUGGAGGCCAGCCAGUCAGGAAACAUGGAUAACAGUCAGGAAACUUUAGAUUUACUGGCAAUCAGUUCUGUUGCGGAAAUGGAGUUGCUGGGCUUAGAGAAGCUCAAGUGUGAACUCAUGGCCCGGGGACUGAAGUGUGGGGGCACUCUGCAGGAGCGGGCAGCGAGGCUCUUCUCUGUCAGGGGACUGGCAAAGGGGCAGAUUGAUCCAGCUUUAUUUGCCAAGCCUUCAAAAGGGAAGAAGAAAUGAACUUCAUCAGAGCUGAUUUUCUGUUUCUUUAUAGUCUAGUGCUUAUAACCUGUAUAAUGUUGACCCUUGAACGUUAUUCCUUUUGCUAUUAAAGGUGACUUUUUAAUAAUCCAGCUUUAACUAUCCUCUUUUUCAUUAUUAGAUUUAUGGAAUUAAUUUGUGAAACUAUCUGAGCCUGAAGAUUUUUUUUUGUGGGAAGCUUUUUUUUAUAGCUCAUUUCUUUAAUAAAUAUAGGGCUAUUCACAG